AUGGAUGAGUUGGGAGAAGAUGUGUUUGCCAAAGGAAAAAGGUGGAAUGGGUUUAGGGACCCGAAGCUGUUCAACCUUGCCCUCUUGGUGAAGCAAGGAUGGAGACUGCAAACGAGCUCAUCCUUACUCUUCUACAGGGAUGUUGAAGCCAUCCUAAGUAUUCCUCUCAGUGCUCAUGGUGCAAGGGAUAGGAUGAUAUGGGCGGAAAAUAAAAAUGGGAAGUUUACAGUGAGAAGUGCAUACAAACUGGCCCAAGAUUUACCCUCUGACGAAAACACGCUUGAGAGCUCUGAUUGUGCUACCUUAAAACAAGUGUGGAGGCACCUCUGGGAUAUGAAUGUGCCAAAGAAAAUCAAACAUUUCUCCUGGAAAGCCUGCAAGGACAUCCUAGCCACCAAAGAGAACUUAAAGAAGAGAAAUAUCAUCAAGGACUACACUUGUGACUUCUGUGGUAAAGCGGCUAAGUCCACCUACCAUUUAUUUUGGCUUUGUGACAAGGCCAAAGAGACUAGGUCGUCAAGCAAGCUGGUCAUCCCGUUUGAGAUCAGCCCAACGUGGACGUUUAUGGAUGUGAUGUGGCAGUUACAAAGGUGGAUGAAAUCACACCCAGGUUUGGUGAAGCGUGCUAUCACAAUAUGUUGGGGAAUAUGGAAGGAUAGGAAUACUGCCAAACAUGGUGGUAAUCGUAGAGAGGGUAAAGCUAUUAUUAGGAGCUCAUUGAGGGUGUUGGAUGAGUUCCAACUGGUGAAUGUGAGACUACUGGCCCCCACAAGGCAGCCUUCAAAUGAGAUAAAAUGGAGACCUCCAUAA